AUGAAGGCGAAUGAUGGAGCUCGACCAAUACUUGCAGAAGCAAGAAUAGUUUCCAUAAAUAAUUCAGGUGUAUCAGGAUUAGUCAGAUUUAGGCAGGAAAGAGAAGCGGCUCCGACAAUAAUUACGGGAUUUGUAACUGGACUCACUCCAGGCGAACAUGGUUUUCAUAUUCAUUUAGUCGGCGAUUUGAGCAGAAAUUGUCUUGCUGCUGGCCCACAUUAUAAUCCUUUCAGUGAGAUGCAUGGCAGCCCUUUUAAUCCAAUGCGGCAUGCAGGAGAUCUUGGCAAUAUUGUCGCGGGUCCAGUAUCAGUUAUUGGACGCACAUUAGUUGUUCACAUGAAUCGUGAUGAUCUUGGAUUGGGUACGGGAGCCGCACAGGCAGAGAGCAAAUUGACUGGAAAUGCUGGACGACGUAUCGGUUGCGGUAUUAUUGUUGCUAUUUAG